AUGUUGUCCAACGUCGCCCUCAUCCUAGCCGCCGUCGCCGCCGCACCAGCCGUGCUUGCUCAACCUAUCGAGCCCGCUGCCAAUGUCUCCCCUCGCCCUGUCGACCUCGCUACUCUUUGGGGCAUUGUUGCCACCGAGAAGGCUGUCAGGGAUGUGCGCAGCGAUACAGCCAAGAUGAAGCGCCAGAAUCCGGGAAACAUCUGGGCGUGUGACAAUAUCGGCUUCCAGCAGCCUUGCUCUGCUUACUCUGUUCCCAACGGCCAGUGGUUCAAUAUCGAGGGCCUGUCCUUGAACAAUCGUAUCUCCAGCAUUGGAAGUGACUGGGGAGCGAAUUGCUGGGCUUGGGACCACUUCGACGCCAAUGGCUGCUGGAACGAAAAUGGGACACCCGCUCUCGACAUCACUUAUCCCGGACUUCGAGACCUCACUAGCCUUGGCUGGAACGACAAGAUUGGAUGCAUCAAGUGUAAUUUCUGGGCGUGA